CACGGCAUCAAGUAUGGCCCUAUCCUCUUUCUGAUCUGGAUCUACCACUACUACUGCUGCUGCUACUGCAAUCUUGACCCUGCUUCACCUCCUCUGUCGUCCACCGCCAACCUACCAUGAACGGCCAUUUCUCUGCUGUGGGCGAUGCGCCCUCUGCUGAGCAAUAUGAACAUGGCGUCCAAGUCAUUGAUGAGGACAAGCAAUACAACUCUCACCUCAGCGACUACCUCGUCCAGAGCCAUGUCUCGGCAGCUGGCUUCAACUACCACCUCAUCUCCGUCUUCGGCUCCCAGUCCACCGGAAAGUCCACUCUGCUCAACCACCUCUUUGGCACCGAGUUCAGUGUCAUGUCCGAGACCGAACGCCGGCAGACCACAAAGGGAAUAUGGAUGUCCAAGAACAAGAAGGAAUCGUCCUCGGGCGGCGCCGUCAAGCUGGCCGACAACAUCCUCGUCAUGGACGUCGAGGGUACCGAUGGUCGCGAGAGGGGCGAAGACCAGGACUUUGAGAGGAAGAGCGCCCUGUUCGCCCUCGCCACCAGCGAGGUCCUGAUUGUCAACAUCUGGGAACACCAGGUUGGUCUAUACCAGGGCGCCAAUAUGGGGCUGUUGAAGACCGUCUUCGAGGUCAAUCUGCAGCUCUUCCUCAAGGACAAACAAUCCAACCCGAGAUCACUGCUCUUCUUCGUUAUCCGCGAUCACAUCGGGAACACCCCCCUCGAGAACCUGCGCAACACCCUAGUCCAGGAUCUUACCAAGAUCUGGUCCUCGAUAUCAAAGCCACAAGGUCUCGAGAACUCCAAGAUCGAGGACUACUUCGAUUUUGCCUUCGCGGCCCUCCCGCACAAGAUCCUGCAGCCAGAGAAGUUCGUGUCCGAGGUCGACGCCCUGGCCAAGAGAUUCACGACAGGGCACCGCUCGACCCCGGAUCAGGAGUUUGCGGGUGGCGUGUUUCUGUCGGAAUACCAUCGCAGAAUCCCGGCCGACGGGUUCUCCGUGUACGCUGAGGGUAUCUGGGACCAGAUCGUCAACAACAAGGACCUCGACCUGCCGACCCAGCAGGAGCUCCUCGCGCAGUUCCGUUGCGACGAGAUUGCCCGGGAAGUCCUGGUCGCCUUCGACACCGAAAUCGUGCCACUGGAGGAACAGCAGCAAGAUGCCGCCCGCGCGGGCACUCCUGCCGUCCUGGCUAAUCUCGGCACCACUGGCAGAUCUUCCCGCGACAAGACCACCCGAGCGUUUGAGGUGCAGGCGAGCAGGUACCACAAAGCGGUCUACAAGAGGAAGCGCGUGGAACUGGAGGAGAAGAUCGACGGGCGCCUCAAGCCGCUGUACCAGGGCCAGCUGAUGGCGGCGCACAAGAAGGGCGUUGCCGCCUUCACCGAGGCCGUGACCAAUGCUGUCAAGGCGGGCCAGAAGGCGGGCGGCCAGUAUGAGUUCACCGAGAUCAUCGAGAAGCAAAAGGGCAAGACGCUUGAGAUCUUCAAGAAGGAAGCGCAGAGUCUCGCCAUCGAGGGCGUCCCGUGGACCAACUUCAAGCCACAGUACCUGCUCUUCGGCAAGGAGCUCGAUGAGGUCGGCGCGAGGCUCAGGAAGGAGGAAAUGCGCCGUCUGGCUACACGUGUCGAGCGCUGGGUCAGGUCUCGCCUCGGAGAUGCUGUUGGGCUGGAGUUCAACAAGCUCGGAUCUGGACGCGGCGGUUCUGGCGCGGCCGAGGACGGCGAGAAGCCGCCGACCGAGAAGGACCUGUGGGACCGCAUCUGGACCGUCUUUGUGUCCAUCGUCAAGGAGGCACAGGACAGGUUCAAGGACCGAGCCAAGAACCUGGAGGCUACCGAAGACGAGGUCGAGAUUGGCCUGUGGCGGCUGCGGCGGAAGAGCUGGGUGGCGCUACGCGAGAAGAUCGAGGAGGAGGUAAUGGAGGGCAACAUCCUGCUUAAGCUGCGCGAGAACUUUGAGGACAAGUUCCGGUACGACGAGGCCGGUGUUCCGCGGAUCUGGCGCCCGAGCGACGACAUCGAAGGCAUCUACACCCGUGCCCGCGAGUCGACGCUGACCCUUAUCCCGCUUCUGUCAAGGUUCAGGCUAUCAGAGACGUACGGCCCGCCUGACCUGCCGGCUUACAUCGGCAGCCACCCUCACGGCGUCGAGCCCAGCGAUGAGGAGGACCUGGCCCCGAUCGGCGGCGUCGACGAGGAUGAGGGCAAGAGCCUCGAGGAGGAGAUGACGGUCCUCAGCGAGAGCAAGCGACAGGACCUUGUCAUCCGCUUCAAGAAGACCGCGGAUGGUGUUUAUGUUGAGGCGAAGAGGAGUGCCCUGGGCGGCAUCACACAGAUUCCUCUGUAUUUCUAUGUUGUCCUCUUGGUUCUGGGGUGGAACGAGAUAUGGAUGGUUCUCCGCAACCCCGUCUUGUUCAUCAUGCUCUGUAUGAUGGCGGGCGGUACAUAUGUUGCCUACAACCUGAACCUGCUCGGGCCGAUGAUGCAGAUGACCAAUGCCGCCAGCAACCAGGCCGUCGAGAUCGGCAAGCAGAAGUUGCGCGAGUUCCUCGAGAACAACGAGACUGCACGCUCGGCCCUGGCCAUGCCGGCGCGUAGGGACACCGACUCUGUCAGUCUGGACACGCUUGACAGCAGAGGCAAGCGCAAGGAUAAUGAUGAGGAUGAAGAUGACAUCUGAGAGCAAGAGGAGAGAAAGAGAGAGAGGAAGAGAAGAGGAAAAAUGUUCUUAUAUUGUAUAGAUGUCUCUCUGGGUCUCAUUCCCAAUCCUUGCAUUGCUUCUUUGCCCGAGUCGGUCAGCAUAGGAUAUCCCCCACUGUUCCAUAUUAUACACAGCACAGCCCUUUUAGACAGAGCGAAAGAGAAAAAAGUAGGAUGGACUCCUCAACACCUGAAAAUAGGAUACCAACAUAUUGUGCCACC